AUAAGAAAAAAUAAAUAAAGACUUGAGAAAAAAUAGACGAUAAAAAUACUGCAACUAAAUGACUAUGACUUCAACAGUGCUUCAAAGACCCGCAGCAAAAGUUGAGAAACACACAACAACAACAACAGGAGCAGCAAUCACAACAACAACAUCAAGAAAAUCAACAGCAACAACAAGAACGAUGGCCUGGUCAAAUGAGAAAUUGCGUUUCUCAUGCAUCGAUAAUAUUGGCCUCAAACAGUUGUGGAAACUCAUUGCCUUGGAUACGAACACAAAUUCCAAUUCGCGUUCAUCUCCAUCAACCAUCAAUAAUACAUCCGUUGGAACAAUGUUGAAUAUGGAAGAGACACAAUCUCAGCCACAGCAGCAACAACAAACAAACAACAAUAACAACAAUCAUGAGCGCCUUUCGUAUGAGAAUUGCAGUAACUUGGCCGACUAUUUAAGCCUACAAAGAGCGGCUCAGGUUCAGGCUCAAAUGCCUGCUGCGAAUCGCAUGUCCCUGCUUAAGUUCUUGGCAAUUAAUGCUUUGGAAUUGAGUGCCCCUGCCACACCUUUGCUACUCCAGCAACAACAACAGCAGACGCAAUCCAAACCAAAAGGUUGGAUGCAGUUAUCCGGUCAUCCCGAAAGUAUUGUACCCACCUCAACGGGUAUAGUGCGAAAACGUAUUAAGAGUCUGGAUGAUAGUGAAGUCCAUGCCUAUCAAUUGAUCUCCCAAGAGCCACAAACCUCACAGAUAGUUCCCGCAUAUUUUGGCUUGAGGGAAUUGCAAUCUCAACAUUAUAUCGAGCUGCAGGAUCUAUUGGCUGGCUUCAAAGAUCCAUGUGUUAUGGAUAUUAAGAUGGGCUGUCGCACAUUUCUCGAAUCGGAGGUUAGCAAUACAACAUUGCGGCCGGAUUUAUAUCAGAAAAUGCUUGCCGUAGAUGCCAGUGCCCCAACAGCAGAAGAGCAUGAAGCUCAAGCAAUUACCAAGCUGCGUUAUAUGCUAUUCCGUGAAUCUCUCUCCUCCUCGCAGUCAAAGGGUUUUCGCAUUGAGGCCCUACGUCUGCGUGGUCGGACCCCACUGAAGGAUCUAAAGACCUGUCGAAGCAGCGACCAAAUCUCACAGACAAUUGAACAAUUCUUGGCCACCCGAAAAUCUGUGCAAAAGGAACUGAUUAAACGAUUGAAGAGCAUGCGUUCGAUCAUUGAACAAUCGAGUUUCUUCAAUCGCCAUGAAAUUGUGGGCUCCAGCAUUUUCGUUGUAUACGAUGAUGAGCGUGUGGGUGCAUGGCUUAUAGAUUUUGCCAAAUCUAGACAAUUGCCAUCGCAUUUAACAGUCAAUCAUCGCACAUCCUGGACACCAGGCAAUCGCGAAGAGGGUUUGCUCAAGGGCAUGGAUGAGCUUAUCAAGUCCUUUGAGGAUGUCUACUCCCGUUCAAACAGUCAUCGCAGUUGCCUUAAGAUUUAAAUGGGACACCCUUAUCUAAGCAAUUGCCCACCACCUAUCAUAUAAGACUGACUUCAUACCAGCUUCUUUUUAUAUUUUGUUCAUUUCAUAUGCAAAGCGCAGGUUCGCACUAAAAAGAACAUCUUGUUCAUUAUUAUUAUUAUUUUAUUCAUUUUUUUUGUAUGACUAUUUUCCAUAUUGGAAAUAUAUUAUCUAAAAGUAAACAUAGAUAAACGACUAGUAUUGAACACCAAACAGCAUUUUGUUUGAUAGAAAUCAGGUUUCAGUUUUAAGUAUUUAAUAAUUAAAAAAAAGGAAGAAAAAAAAAACCAAACCAAAUCCAAAAUCCAGUAAGAAAGCAAGAAAUAAAAAAUUGUCUUAAAAAAUAAUUUCAAAUUAAAAAUAAAUUGACUUUUAAUAUAAA